ACAAUGUGUGCGGACAGCGCUGGAAUGUGUUCGCUGCGGAGCGUGCGGGACAGGGAGGAAUGCCUUGACCACACCCCCUCCGUUCGCACGGCCAAUAAGGGAGCAGAGACGGUUUUAAGGCGCCCGCGGAGUCCCAACUGUAGAAAAACAAAACCUCGGAUAACAACAAAACCCAUAUUCUACAACUGAAUAUGUACGGAAAUCCAUUUUCCUUUGUCGAAAUCUGAGCUCGAGGCUGAUUUUCGGUGUUUUUCGUCGCUGUGUCCGGCUUUUCGGGCGAUGUUGUUUAUCUGUAGUAAGGGGAGGCUUGAAACCGCUCUCCCUUGCCCCAUUUCCUCGGUUGUUUUCCUUCUCUCGCCUGGAUUCUCCAUGUUGUUGGUGCAAAAGUGAGGACUUCUCUGCGACGGGAGAGGGGGGUGCUCGGCGAUAUUAUCAGCAAUAGUAGCGGUAAUCCCGCGACCACAGAGCGGACUGAGUCUCAAUUAGCCUCCUGAAAAACAUAUCCAAGUGCCUUGCCCCCUCCCAGGCGGACCUGCGAGAGAAGAAGAAGAAGGAGAAGCGGUGGCAGAAUAAAGAAACUCAGGAAGAAGAUAAAUCCUUCUCCCACCGAGGUUUGUAACUGAGGCGGACGACAAGGUACCUCGGUGAAUAAUUGAGUCGACUUGUCAACAGAACCCAAUGAGGGAUGCCCAUCAGUGCUCGGGGACAGGAUUUGAGGAUUUUGAGGGCUCCGUGAUUGUCAGAUGGAAAGUUCUGUUAUCACCCAAGUGCAGAAAGAAGACGUUCAAGUGUCACCGAAAACAGGACAGGUGAGCCGGGCUGCUCUGAAACAACCUCAAAGUUGUAACCUCUUCAAAGCACUCUUCUGUUGCCUCCAAGCUCAGGAUGGCCCCAAGCCACUGCCACCGCUACCACCACCUUCCCAGCAGGCCUUGCUGGAGUCGCAGGAAAAUGGGAUGGUUGUCAAGUCUGAACCCAGCCUCCUGCCUGAGGUGAAAGCCCACGACCAAGGCAAGAUAUGCAUGGUCAUAGAUCUGGAUGAGACCCUGGUGCACAGUUCAUUCAAGCCUAUUAGUAAUGCAGACUUCAUCGUGCCUGUGGAGAUAGAGGGGACCACACACCAGGUGUAUGUACUGAAGAGGCCGUACGUGGAUGAGUUCCUGCAGAGAAUGGGAGAGUUGUUUGAAUGUGUGCUGUUUACAGCCAGUCUCGCUAAGUAUGCAGACCCAGUGACGGACCUGCUGGACCAGUGCGGUGUUUUCCGAGCCCGGUUGUUCCGGGAGUCUUGUGUAUUCCACCAGGGCUGCUACGUGAAAGAUUUGAGUCGCCUGGGCAGAGAUCUGCACAAAACUAUUAUCCUCGAUAACUCUCCUGCUUCCUACAUCUUCCACCCUAAUAAUGCUGUUCCUGUGGUGUCAUGGUUUGAUGAUGCGGAAGAUGCUGAGCUGCUCAACCUUCUGCCUGUGUUUGAAGAACUUAGUCAAGCUGAUGACGUUUACACCCGGCUGGACCAGCUCCGUGGACAAGGGCCCUGCUCAGCUCCUCUUAGAGUUCUGCUGUGAAACCUCUUCAGCUACAAUAAUACUGUAUAUUGUCAAUAGAUAUAGAUAGAUAAUAGUCUCCAGAUGCUGUUCUCCUAGCCUCUGCACAAAAGUCUCUGUUUAGAAACUUGUAUUAGCGUGGGGUUAAGGAAAUUCCAAGCCUGGAAAACCCAGGCUCAAACAGAACUAUAGAUCAGAAUCUGAGGCUUUUCCUCUGAGCUUCAGUACCAACAAUAUUGACACCAGCUGUUUGGAAGUACUAUGUGAAAGAGUGGGAAACAACAAGCAAAGCAGUCCCAUCGCAAUCACUCCAGUUAGUAUGAAUAAUAAAGUAUAAAGUUCUUUUGCCAAAGCAGAAGCCUGUCUGCCCUGACUUGACUUUUGGACAUAGUUUUUGUUUUCAUUUUUAUUUUAUCAUUGUGCCUUUAAGGAACAACAAAAAAACAUCAGCUCUUUUUUAAAAUUUUCACCAGAUUUUAUACAUGUACUGAUUUGUUUUUCUAAGUUGUUUUAUAAGGAAAUCUAUUUUUAAAACAGUGAACAUGGUUCUUCUAUGCAACCCAGUUCUGUAAUUACAUGGACAGUACCUCUUAGGCAGCCAGUCAAUAAUUGCAUUCAGUAGAAGUAAACAUUACUGUAGCCUUACAGAUGAGCAGUAUGACAGUAUAUAUUACUCAUUUGUACGAUAAACAUAAUUUCUACAAAAUAUGCUAAUAGAUGUCAGUAAUGGUCAGAUUGCUAUUUGAUAUUAUUGGUUAUAGCCAAAGUUGAGUAAAUGGGGCGAAAACUUGUCUUUGUUGGUCCACUGAAAGCAGACACACUGGAAUAUGUUGGCACAUAGGACCACGCCGUAAACGCCACAGUUUUCAGUCAAAGGUUUAGUAAUAGUUUGUUACUGGUUUUUUUCUAAUUACUGUGUGACAAACAACUUGCACGUGUUUUGUAUCAACAGUGCUCAAAGUAAAACCCGUGCCUUUGAAAUCCAGACAGAGAAUGGUGAUUUGUAGGCUUACACACGCUGAUGUGUCAUGCUGAGUGUGAGAAAACUGUCGAGAGUAAGUGUAAUGCCAUGUGGCUGUGGUAUUUGCAGUGCAACACUUGAAAGUAUCAAUUUUUUAACAUAUGAGUGUUUUUUCUAUAUUUAUUGGCCAAAAACCGGCAUUGUCCUGUACGUCUUCUUGCUUACCAUUUUAUAAUGACAUCCAUCAGCCUACUUUGAAGCUGGCCUUUUGUUUGCUGCACAGCUUUUGGAUGAUGGUUAAAUCAACAAAUACAUGUAUAAUAAAUGUACAAUCAUUCAAUCAUGCAAAAACAUUUUUUUAAUUUUACCUUGAUUACAGAUAGAGAUAUUUUUUGGGACUAUGUUUCCUGGGUAAUGUACUUUGAUGUUUGUCUGAUGCAACUGUUGCCUGUUAAACUAGUAAAAUAUGACAAUGAAAAUGUACCAUUUGUGAUGACCUAAAGUAUUUGUCCAGUCACAGUUGGCCUUUGUGUAUCAGAAAAAAAAAUCUAAACUCAUUUUCUCUACCAGAUUGACCAAAACUCUAAAAGACAAGGUGCUAUCAAUUUUUAUUUAAAA